AUGCCGGCGCAUCUGUACGCCCUGGACGACGCUCUGCUGGUGCACCUGCUGAGUUUCUGCGCAGCUCGAGAUGUGGAGGCAACGACGAAAGCCUCCAGAGUCGUCGCCUUGCACUUACUGCCGCAGUAUCCCGAAAUCUGGCGCGUUCUGUUCGUUCGUCAGUGGGGAAAGCUCAACUUCAAGCUGGACGCAGUGACAGAGGACGCGAGGAACCUUCAGAUCGACUCGCGCCUGCGAGAGCUGUUCCCUGCUGAGUGCACGGAGACUCGCAUGUUCCAGCUAUUGUCGCGUUCAGUCGUUCCGUUGCCGUCAGGAAUGGAUAUUGGGGCGACCCAAAACUCGUGGGGGUACUCGGAUACUCACCACAGAAUUGUCCCACUCGAGCAGGAGAAGGGUGCUAACCAGGGGAAUUACUCUUCAGUUACGACGUUUGCCUUUGAUGGCAAGCGCUUCGGCAACGACCGAUCUGUUCGGGCAAAUGCCCCAUUCCCAGCAUCCUUCUACGUCGCCGUGUUCAAGCGUCGGGUGCAAGACAAGACAAGCAAGAAAGAGAUGUUUGUUUAUCAGAUUGGUGCAACGGAAAGUGGAUACUUUGAAAUUACUAUCUCGGACCCUGCUACGCGACCCAGUGGUCACACAACGAGAAAUGGCAGAGUGGAGAUGACAGCUAUCGGCUUGGUCCCCUCCACUUUCCCGCUGGUGGGCAAGCAACCCGGCUGGACGAUCCCGUCGUUCGGGUACCAUGGAGACAACGGAAAGCUUUAUUCAGCGUUUCCUGUAACGCCGUUCCUUCCAGGAGCCAGUCGGUAUAUUCCGUGCGACAACGACCAGGAAUGGUUUCCUGCGGUCGGUUUGGACUCCCCUGACACUAUUCACGUAAACUUCGGCCAGCAGCCGUUCAAAUGCGACCACGUGAUCGGUGCGUUCAUCGAGUGCACGGGGACAAACGCUCUUGUGGCUCGCCAAAUACUGCAGAAUGCCAACAAAUCGCGUUUCCGCGCUGUUCGCCGCAACUGCAUCGACGCGUUCAUCGCGAACGUCCUGGAGCGUCGACGCUUGACCACAACGUGA